AUGACGCCAAAAACGAGCAACUCAGCUCAAAAACGGAUGAAACAGUCGACAUUACUGUCAUUCUUCUCGAAACAGCCUGCUACCUCGAGCCCCCGUUCGAGCAAUAAGUCUGCUAACAAGGCUGGUACCAAAAUUUUGACUAAUGGUGCGGUUAAAGAACAAGAAAAGCCAACGAAUAAGUUGCUUUUCGUUGGCAUGGAAGAUGAAGAUUCUGAUGCAUCUGGAUUUGUAACGGCUAAUGAUUCUGUGAAUCCAGUAAGUGUCCGUGGGCAAAAUACUCAUAGUUCCAAAUCAGAUUCUGUUCAAACACCCACUGUUGCUGAGGAUGAUGGAGAUAAGACACUUUCGAACGUUAGUGCAGUCAACUUAGAUAGGAAGCAGCAGGAAAUUGAUGGGGAUGAUGAUGAAGAAGGAAAUACAUUGUCGUCAAGCGGUAGGCGACUGAAAAAGAAUUUAAGCUAUGCCGAGGAUAGUGAUAAUAGCGAUAAUGAAAGCACUCCCAGUGUCUCUAGAAAAAAGAGGAAAAUGCAAAUUGAAUUAGACGACGAAGAGGAAGAAUAUGUCCCUGACAAAAAGGAUGAAAGUGAGGAUGAUUUGGUCGAGGAGGAUGGUGAUGAUGAUUUGUUAGCGUUAGCAGAAAGUUCCUCGCCAAAACCUGAAAAGACUGUGUUGAAACAUACCCCUAGCAGGCCCCAAAAGCCAUUCGCAGUUAAAAAAUCACCCUCUAUAAGACCUCUUUCAACUCCCAAGCAUCAAAAAUUCGGUAAACAGAAUGAAGAAAGAUACCACUGGUUGGUUGAUGAGCGUGAUGCGUCAGGCCGUCCCAUCACAGACCCACAGUACGAUCCCCGUACACUAUAUAUACCUUCUUCUGCAUGGAAUAAGUUUACACCAUUUGAGAAGCAAUACUGGGAAAUAAAAUCAAAAAUGUGGGAUUGUAUAGUUUUCUUCAAGAAAGGAAAAUUCUUCGAAUUAUAUGAAAAGGAUGCUAUGCUGGGGAAUCAUCUCUUUGAUUUAAAAAUAGCCGGUGGAGGUCGUGCCAACAUGCAGCUGGCAGGUAUUCCUGAAAUGUCAUUCGACUAUUGGGCGUCUCAAUUUAUUCAACGUGGUUAUAAAGUCGCAAAGGUCGACCAAAGAGAAUCGAUGUUGGCGAAAGAAAUGAGAGAGGGAUCCAAAGGUAUUGUCAAGAGAGAACUGCAAUAUGUUCUCACGUCUGGUACUUUGACUGAAGGAAAUAUGCUACAAUCGGACCUGGCCACGUACUGUCUAGCAGUAAGGGAAGAAUCCGGAAACUUUUAUGACUUAGAAAAUGAUAACCAGUCUCCGGGAGUAGCUCCAAAGCGCUUGUUUGGUGUUGCAUUUAUUGACACAGCCACUGGUGAGUUGAAUCUAGUUGAAUUUGAAGAUGAUGAUGAGUGUACGAAAUUGGACACAAUAAUGUCGCAGGUAAAUCCAAAGGAAGUUAUCAUGGAAAAGGAUAAUUUAAGCAGUUUGGCUCAUAAGAUUAUCAAAUUUAAUGCAGCCCCUCAAGCAAUUUAUAAUUACAUCAAGCCAGACACCGAAUUUUACGGAUAUGAUAAGACAUCUAAAGAGUUGGAUGAUUCGAAAUACUUUCCUGAUAAGAGUCAAUGGCCUGCAAUCCUAAAACAAUACUACGAACAGGGAAAGAAAAUUGGCUUCAGUGCCUUUGGAGGUCUUCUUUACUACCUUCAGUGGUUGAAGCUCGAUGAAAGCUUGAUAUCCAUGGGUAACGUUAAAGAAUACAAUCCGACUCAGUUCCAAAAUUCGCUGGUGAUGGAUGGUGUAACUCUUCAAAACUUGGAGAUAUUUACAAAUUCUUUUGAUGGAACAGACAAAGGCACGCUGUUUAAACUGUUCAAUAAGGCAAUCAGCCCAAUGGGUAAAAGGAUGAUGAAGAAAUGGUUGAUGCACCCUCUGCUGAAGCAGAAGGAUAUCAACAAGCGUCUGGAUACUGUUGAAUCACUGAUGUCAGAUGGGAAUUUAAGGGACUUGCUGGAGUCGACCUUUGCCCAACUUCCAGAUUUAGAGAGAACAUUAUCACGAGUUCACUCGGGGAACCUGAAGGUAAAGGAAUUCGAUAAAACCAUCCAAGGAUUUGAGGCUGUAGUUGAUCUACUACAAAAAAUGUCAUCUCACUCACUCGAAGGGUCUCUUUCUGACUAUGUCUCAAGUAUCCCAAAAUCGUUGUUUGUAGACGUUGAGAACUGGUCAAAUGCGUUUGACCGUGAGAAAGCCGUGAACGAAGGAAUAUUGCUUCCACACAGAGGUGUUGAACCUGAGUUUGACGAAUCUGUUGAUAAGAUAAAAGAAUUGGAAGACCAACUAGAAGACUUAUUGAAAGCAUAUAAAAAGCAGUUCAAAUGCUCCAACUUACAAUAUAAGGAUUGCGGUAAGGAAAUCUACACUAUUGAGGUACCAGUAUCGGUGAGCAAAUACAUUCCUUCUAACUGGGUACAGAUGGCUGCUAACAAAUCGACAAAACGUUAUUAUUCUGAUGAGGUUCGUGUGUUGGCAAGAUCUGUGGCAGAGGCCCGCGAACUGCAUAAAGUUUUAGAGGAAGAGCUGCGGACCAGGCUUUGUAAGAAAUUUGAUAUGCAUUACGGUACCAGCUGGAUGCCCACUGUACAAGCAAUAGCAAGCAUUGACUGUUUACUGGCGCUAGUUCGAACAUCUGAGUCAUUAAGUUUUCCUUAUUGCAGGCCGACAUUGGUUGACGAACUGGAUCAUGAAACAGGAGCCAAGUUGAACGGGUUUUUGAAGUUUAAAUCUUUGAGACAUCCAUGCUUCAAUUUAGGAACUACUACCUCCAAAGACUUUAUUCCAAAUGAUGUCGAGCUUGGCAAAGAUUGUCCACAAUUGGGACUACUCACUGGUGCAAACGCUGCUGGUAAGUCCACAGUGCUAAGAAUGACUUGCGUAGCGGUGAUCAUGGCCCAGAUGGGUUGCUAUGUACCAUGUGAGUCAGCCAUUCUUACUCCAAUGGACAGAAUUAUGACAAGGUUGGGAGCCAGUGAUAAUAUAAUGCAGGGCAAAUCAACGUUUUUCGUCGAGUUAUCCGAGACCAAGAAAAUUCUAGAUCUUGCUACUAAUAGGUCCCUACUGGUCUUGGACGAAUUGGGUAGAGGUGGUUCAUCAAGCGACGGGUUCGCAAUCGCAGAAGGUGUACUACACCAUGUGGCCACUCACAUUCAAAGUUUGGGCUUCUUUGCUACACACUAUGCUUCCUUGGGUCAGAGUUUCAAAGGGCAUCCUCAAGUGAGACCUCUCAAGAUGAGCAUCAUGGUUGAUGAAAAGACAAGAACCGUUGCUUUUCUAUACAAAUUGGUAGAUGGUCAGAGUGAAGGGUCCUUUGGAAUGCAUGUGGCCUCUAUGUGUGGCAUCGCUGAAGAAAUAGUGGAUAAUGCACAAGUGGCCGCUGCAAGUAUGGAACAUACAUCCCAGUUAAUGAAGCUACGAGCUAAAGAAUCAAACGCGUUAGCUGUCGGGGACAGCUCCUUGCCAUUGGGUUUGGAAAGUGAUUUUGUCAGACUUGUUUUUGGUGAUGGACUUAAGAAUAGUAAACUAGGUACCGGGGAGGCUGUUCAAGUCUACGAUAGCCACGUCAAGGGGAAGACACUGGCAAAUCUGUUCAGCAUGAUAGAAUCCCUAAACGAAUAA